CGCGAGUCGCGGGAUCCUGCGCUCGCGGGCGCGUAGAUAAAAACGAGCGAUGACAGGAGAUAAAAGUCGCGGCUCGCCGCGGACCGUCGGCGAUGCGUGAUCAGCGUGAUCGCGCGAUCCUCGCGGGCUCGGCCGCCGCGAAGAAAGAGCGAAAUCGACGCCAGCGAUUGCGUCAUCCCGACAGUUAUGGUGAAAUGGCACGGUUCGUCCUGCGUGCGCAUCAGGUAAACGGUGGUCGCCUCUGCUUGGCCUUGGCGGAGUGACGAACAUAACCUCUCGAGGGGCGCAAACUGACCGCGACGGUGCGCUCCCGCAGCUGUUGCCGCAAAUGAGUCGGGUCGCCCACGCGAAUCUUCGCGCGACCGCAUUUGAAAUCUGAGGGCAGGGAACGUCGACGAGGUAGACCAUGACGACGGGGGUCGCGCAGGUGGAGGAGCACGCGCUGAACGGCGUCGCCGAGGACGAGGACGUCGUGACGCCGUGGACGGUGACGAGUGUCAGCGACACCGGGAUCGAUUAUGACAAGUUGAUAAAGAAAUUCGGAAGUUCGAGGAUAGACGACGAGCUGUUGGCCAGAUUCGAGAGGAUCACCGGCAAGAGACCGCACCACUUUCUCAGGCGAGGCAUAUUCUUCUCCCACAGAGACAUGCACACCAUCCUGAAUCUUUACGAGCAAGGGAAAUUCUUCUACCUGUACACAGGCAGAGGGCCGAGCUCCGACGCGAUGCACCUGGGCCACCUCAUUCCCUUCAUGUUCUGCAAGUGGCUGCAGGACGUGUUCAACGUGCCGCUGGUCAUACAGCUGACGGACGACGAGAAGGCCAUAUGGAAGAACAUAACGAUAGAGGACGCCAUCAAGCUGGCGUACGCCAACGCGAGGGACAUCAUCGCCUGCGGCUUCAAUCCUGAGAAGACGUUCAUAUUCUCCAACCUGGAGCAUAUAGGCAACAACCCGGCGUUUUACCAGAAUAUGAUCAGGAUACAGAGAUGCGUCACGUUCAACCAGGUGAAAGGCAUCUUCGGCUUCGGCGACAGCGAUCCGAUCGCCAAGAUCGCGUUUCCGGCCACGCAAGCGGCGCCGGCCAUCUCCAGUUCGUUCCAGUUUAUCUUCAAGGACGCCAAGGCGCACUGCCUGAUACCGUGCGCGAUCGAUCAGGACCCGUACUUCCGCAUGACGAGGGACGUGGCGCCCAGGCUGGGCUACCCGAAGCCGGCCCUGCUGCACGCCACCUUCUUCCCGGCGUUGCAGGGCUCCAAGACGAAGAUGUCGGCGAGCGACUGCAACACGGCGAUAUUCCUCACGGACACCGCCAAGCAGAUCAAGAACAAGGUCAACAAGCACGCGUUCUCGGGCGGCCAGGCCACCGUGGAGGAGCACAGGCAGCUCGGCGGGAACUGCGAGGUGGACAUAUCCUAUCAGUGGCUGCGAUUCUUCCUGGAGGACGACGAACGAUUGGAGCAAAUCAGAAAGGGCUACACCAGCGGGGAGAUCUUGACGGGCGAGCUGAAGAAGGAGCUGAUCGACGUGCUGCAGCGACUCGUCGCCGCGCAUCAGGAUGCGAGGAGAAAAGUGACGGACGAGGUGAUGAAGCGAUUCAUGGUGCCUAGAGACCUCGGCUUCGCGUCGAAGUAACCGCGUAGCGAGCAUGCGACCGAGUUACGCAAGGCAUUGUUUCCUGGAUUCUCCUACUUCUGCCGGAGAUAUCUAUUUAAAUCUAUUUAUUGUAGGACACGUUUUAUGAUCUUUUUCAAGUACCGUCUCUGUUGAAGGAUUAAAUUAAUUUUUCUAUC